AUGGCUACUAUAGACGAAUCGACGGUUUCUCCACGUCAAUUCCAUCAUCGUCGAUUUCCUCAUUUACAACCACUUUCACCUCGUGUACCAUCAUCAAUUGAACGUCAUUUUGAACAAUAUCUUAUUGAUCAUCAUCAUUAUCCAAAAUUACCAUCAAUUUCAAAACAAACAAAUCGUCAUUCAAUUGAUAAUACAUAUAUUAAUGAUAAAGAUUUUUUAUCCUAUCGUGAACGACAAAUAUCAUCUGAAUUUGAACAUGAUAAUGGUCCUAUAAGUCGUUUAUUAAAUAGUGAUCAAUAUCGACGAGCACAAACACGUUUAAUUGAAUAUCGACAUCAUAGUAAAAUACCUGGUGUUGCAUUAACAGAAACAAUAACAAAUUCUCAUGAUAUAUCUUCAACACAAAUAAAUGAACGAAAUGAAAUAACAUUACCAUUAAAAGAAAUUUUAAUUGAAACAACAAGAACAAAACUACAUCAUCAACAACAAGAUGAUAAUGAUAUAAAUGAUGAUGAUUCUAUAUUAAGUAAUGAAAGUGAUCGUCGUCGACGUGCUAAACAUUGGAUAAAAGAACAUCAAUUUUUUUUUACUGAAUAUCAAUAA